AUGGAUACCCUAUUUGGCGCGCAGGUAUCUCCAAAGACAAUGGCACAGGCCCCUACCUCCAACGAACCCUUCGUCUUGAAUGGGACAAAGGCAGAUGCAGCAGGUGACACUGCCAAUUGCAAUGCCGAUGCGAUCAACCCGUCAAAGGCCGAGCAGAUACGGCAAAAGUACGCCGAAGAGCGAGAGAAACGCUUGCGGCCCGAUGGGUUAGAGCAAUACAUCGGCUUGAGCAACACAGACGACCAGAGCCUCAAGCGCCUGUUGCACGAUCAAUGGGACGACGGGACUACGCCUUCUUUGCCCCUCGAAGAGGGCGCACGCUACAAAAUCGUCAUCGUGGGGGCUGGGAUCGGAGGUCUACUGUUUGCCGUGCGUCUGCAGGACAUGGGCUUCAAACCAGAAGACAUGGUCAUUGUCGAUUCGGCGGCUGGCUUUGGAGGAACGUGGUACUGGAAUCGCUACCCUGGUUUGAUGUGUGACACCGAGAGCUACAUUUUCAUGCCUCUCCUCGAAGAAACCGGGUAUAUGCCGAAGCACAAAUACGCAUACGGCCAGGAGCUCAGAGAACACGCGAAUCGGAUAGCGGAGCGUUGGUCACUUACGGAUAGAGCAAUGUUUCGAACGCGGUUUGAGCAAUGUGCUUGGAACGACGAGACCCUUGAAUGGACCGUGGACCUGACACAGCGGCCACCAGGUGGUCACUCUAUCUCCGCCAAAAUACAUGCCGACUUCGUCAUUCUGUGCCCAGGGCCAUUAAACCGCCCAAAGAUCCUGCGCCUUCCGGGCGUUGGAACCUUCCAGGGCCAGAGCUUCCAUGCCUCCCGCUGGGAUUACAGCGUCACCGGCGGCACCCAGGAGAAACCAGAUCUGACCAACCUCCAAGACAAAAGAGUCGGCAUCAUCGGCACCGGCGCCACAUCAGUCCAAGCAAUCCCGCAUCUGGCCAAGUGGAGUAAACAACUGUACGUUUUCCAGCGAACGCCCGCGUCCGUGGACGUGCGCAACCAGCGGCCGACCAACCUCCAAGACUGGGCGGAAGUCACCCGUCCCGGCGCAGGCUGGCAGCUGGCGCGCAAACCGCAAUUUCAGCAUCUUCACCUCCCACCUUCACACCGGGCUCCGAGGUCAACUUGGUCUCUGACGGAUGGACCGACAUCCCAAUCCAUGAGCGUCCUCAGCGGUGGCCCAACCCACGUCACCAUGGACAACAUCGCCGAAUACACCGCGGCCAUCCACGCCCGAGAUCUGGUUCGCUCCGAACGCAUUCGCGCCCGCGUCGACCAAAUCAUCAAGGACGCCAACGCCGCCUCCAAGCUCAAAGCCUGGUACUCCGCCUGGUGCAAACGCCCCGCCUUCCACGACGACUACCUCCCGUCCUUUAACCUCCCCAACGUCACCCUCGUCGACACCAACGGCAAGGGUGUCCAACGCAUCACCGACUCCGGCCUCGUCGCCAACGACACCCAUUUCCCGCUGGACGUCCUCAUCUUCGCCUCCGGUUUCGAGCUCAAACCCGGCCAGAGUCCCGGCGCCAGCACCAACGCUCGUGUUUUCGGCCGCGGCGGCAUGUGUCUGGACGAGAAGUGGGUCGACCGUCUGUCCACCCUGCACGGCCUGAUGACGAGCGACUUCCCCAAUCUAUUCUUUACCGGCUUCGUGCAGUCCGGCUUCUCGCCCAAUUAUACCACGUGUCUGGAGACAAGCGCACGCCACACCGCGUUUCUGAUCGCGGAAUGCGCCAAAAGGGCCGGGCCGGAGGGGAGGAAGGUCGUCAUGGAGCCCACGCCCGAGGCCGAGAGGGCAUGGGAAAAACGCAUCGCGGCGGGUGCCCUCAUCCGGGCUCCUGUGGUGGGUUGCACGCCUUCGUAUUGGAACGCUGAAGGCAAAUUGGACCAGACGACGCCGGAAGAGAAGGAGAAACGACGAGGAGCGGGACCAUGCCCGCGGGGUAUGAACGACUUCAUGGAUGUUUUGCAGGAGUGGCGGGAUGCCGGCGACUUUGGUGAUCUUCGGAUUGAUGUAGUGUAG